ACUGGAAUCAGCCACAACCAGAAGCUAGCUAAAUGCUAAAAGGAAAUCGAUAAGAGGAUUUAUUUACUAACUAAACGAAACCAAGCAUUUUGAGGAAAACGGGAAGAGUAAGAUAUUUUACUGCAGGAGAUUUACCUGCAAACCCUCUAACUUUCAAUGGCUACCGACAUUCCCAUGGACACGGUGCUGGCUCCUAACCCCGUUCCAUCCUCACCCCCUGAUCCUGCCCCGGCCUCCUUUCCUGUUCUUGACACCAGUGGACCCCAAGACCAGAUUCCCACCCAGGAACCAGCAAUUGCUGAAACUCCUGAUAACGUAGUGGCUUCAGAGCAAAAUGCAGCUGAUCCAGAWCUCACUCCAGUUCAGCCUGCAGACUCAGGCAUGACUUCAGUUCCUACACUAAGUUCGGAGCCACCACCGAUACCUCUGCAACCACCCUUGCCUCCAAUUGCUGCCAAAAACCCCAGCUGCAAGAUCAUGACCUUCCGACCCACCAUGGAGGAGUUUAAAGACUUCGCCAAAUAUGUUGUCUAUAUGGAGAGUCAAGGAGCUCAUCGUGCUGGCCUGGCUAAAGUGAUUCCCCCUGAAGGCUGGAAGCCACGAAGUUCRUAUGACACUAUUGAAGAAAUGGUGAUUCCAGCUCCUAUUAUGCAGGUGGUGACUGGUCAGUCAGGUCUAUUUACUCAAUACAACAUCCAGAAGAAAUCUAUGACUGUUGGCGAAUACCGCAAACUGGCUAACAGCAAGAAGUACUGCACACCUCGCCACAAAGACUUUGAUGACCUGGAGAGGAAAUACUGGAAGAACCUGACGUUUGUUUCGCCCAUUUAUGGGGCUGAUGUUAGUGGCUCUAUAUAUGAUGAGGACAUUCAAGAGUGGAACAUUGGUCAUCUYAACACACUGUUGGAUAUGGUGGAGCAGGAGUGUGGCAUUGUCAUUGAGGGUGUCAAUACACCAUACCUGUAUUUUGGCAUGUGGAAAACCACCUUCGCAUGGCACACUGAAGACAUGGACCUCUACAGUAUCAACUAUCUACACUUUGGACAGCCCAAGUCUUGGUACACCAUCCCACCUGAGCAUGGCAAGAGGCUGGAGAGGCUGGCGCAAGGUUUUUUUCCUGGUAGCUGCCAAGGCUGCGACGCCUUCCUUCGCCACAAGAUGACGCUGAUAUCUCCAUCCAUCUUGAAGAAGUACAGCAUCCCYUUCGACAGAAUAACUCAGAAUGAAGGAGAGUUUAUGAUCACUUUUCCCUACGGCUACCACGCAGGCUUCAACCAUGGCUUCAACUGUGCAGAGUCCACAAACUUUGCCACUCUGCGUUGGGUGGACUACGGCAAGAAUGCGACACUGUGUUCUUGCCGGAAAGACAUGGUGAAGAUCUCGAUGGAUGUGUUUGUGCGCAGCCUGCAGCCUGACCGGUACGAACUGUGGAAACAGGGCAAAGACAUUACAGUGUUGGACCACCUGAAGCCCACAGAGCUUACGAGCCCGGAACUGGAGCGCUGGAGACGAUACCGAGUCACCUACCGGCAAAACCUUUUGCAAAGAGCAAUGCAYAAGAUGAAGCAGGUCCGUCGCCUGAAGCUGGAGGAGGUAAAGGUGCUGGCAGAGGAAGGUAUUGAACUAAAUGCUGCCGACUACCAACGCCAAGUGGAGGAGCGCGAGGCUCAGCGCAGGCAGGAGAGGGAUGAUAGGCUAGCCAGAGAGGCCAUGAUGACCCUGGAGGCCAUGGAAUUUGAGGAAAAAAUAGCUGCCGCUAAAGCAGCACAAAAUCCAGAAGCUCAGGAAGAACUGGACAUCAAACCACAGAACCUGAUUGAAGACUUUGAGAAAAAGAAACAUAAACAGCAGAAGAGCAUGUUCCCAAUCCAAAUGGGUGACUUUAAGCCCGUGUCAGGAUUUGAAGAAGCAUUUCAAGAGUUUGCUACAUCUGACAUUGAAAACCCACAGAAGAACAUGGCCAUUUAUUCAGACACAUCUUCAGUGCAUAGAGAAAUCCCAGCAGAGAGAAAAAUGUUCACGAAUGCCACCCAGUCGAGCUUCCCCAAGAUGAAAAUGCCUACGGAGGUAAAAAAGAGUCGGCGCCACCCACUCAGCAAGCCACCGAUGCGCACCCAUCUGUCUAUCGUCAAGCAAGAGCCGAUGGCAGAGAGAGGGCUGUCCUCCCCAAUGUCACUAGAGAGCAGCAUGAAGAAACAGCAGCACCUGUGGCAGAAUCGCUCACCCAACUUCUUGGCAGAGAGGACGUUCAAUGCUGCAGUGGCYGGUCUGGAACCCUACUGUGCUGUCUGCUCACUCUUCUGUCCCUACAAAAAGCAAGAUCCUUCCGUUGCAUGUAACUCAGCACUCAUCGCCAUGAAACCCAGACCUGGCAGUUUCACUCGUCCACUGGUCCCAGAGAUCUGCUUCAGUGUUGGAGCAGGAAACACAGAGCCACCACCCACCAACUGUUACAUCGGAGAGGAUGGAACCAGUCUUCUGGUCCGCUGUAAAAUUUGUGGCACGCAGGUUCAUGCAAGUUGUUAUGGUGUGAAGCCUGGCUCUGUCAGUAAUAGCUGGACGUGCUGCAGAUGUGCAGCAGAAGCGUGGACAGAAGAGUGCUGUCUCUGUAACCUACGGGGAGGCGCUUUGAAGAGUACCACAGACAACAGGUGGGUCCACAUUAUYUGUGCCAUUGGUGUGGCAGAAGCUCGCUUCGUCAAUGCCAUCCAAAGAGAACCGGUGGAUGUCAGCGCUAUCCCAGAAACCCGGAAGAAUCUGAAAUGUGUGUUCUGCCACACAACGAAUCCCAGUCUGAACCAAGGCGCCUGCAUCCAGUGCACCUACGAGAACUGUGCCACUUCCUUCCAUGUCACAUGUGCUCAGGUCGCUGGGGUCGUGAUGAAACCUGCYGACUGGCCGUACCUGCUGUCGGUCACCUGCCACAAACAUAGGAAGAACCCUCAGAAGACCCGAGUAGUACCUACCGGUAAAUCUCCUCAGAUUCUGGACUUGGGUAAAAAGACCCGAGUAGUACCUACCGGUAAAUCUCCUCAGAUUCUGGACUUGGGUAAAAAGGUAAUCGGCCGCAACGCUGACAACUGGUUCUACCCCUGCACCAUCAUCGGCGCUGCCUCACAGACAUUCUUCGAAGUCAACUUUGAAGACGGCUCCUACUGUGACAACGUGCUGCCAGAAAACGUCACAAGUCACGACUGUCUGCGCCACGGCCCUCCCAAAGUUGGCGACCAGCUUGUGGUCAGCACACCUGACGGUCAGAUCCUCAAAGCUACUUUUGUCAAACAGCACACCAACAAGCUCUAUCAGGUGGAGUUUCAGGACAAAAGUCAGCAGAUGCUUAAAGCAUCUGAACUCUUUCACUUUGAGCACGAGUUGCCCAAAAGGGUCCGGAACCGACUGGCCAUCCCUACACCGCAGGGAGMGGUCUCCUCAGCAUAUGAAGCCCAAGCAGCUAAGCGCCCCCGCCUGCCCUCCAGCUCAGCUAAACCUCAGACUGCCACAGUAGCAGGAGCACCAGCACACGAGCACCACAGUAUUGGCAUGCAGCCGGUCACAACACCUCAGACCCACCCUAUCAAACGGGAAGCCCCCGCUCCUGUCACCAUCAGUAAGACGGAUGCAGAGACCCCUAUGGACACCAAUGUUCCCCUCCCCAACACGCUUCCAGAACCUUGCCCGGUCUCCGACCCCAUGCUAACGCUUCCGUCCACCCCCGUUCAGCCCGCUUUGAACUCUGACCCCCUCCUGCCCAGCCCACCCCCAGCCCAGCACACGCCCGACAGCUACACGCCCAGCAGCGGCUACGUCUCCUACAUGGAGAGCCUCCUCCAUUCCCGCUUCCCUCAGGACGACGGCCCCAGCCCCCUGUUUUAAAACCCAACUCUGUUCUCCUAACCCGGCUGACGGCAGCYAAGCCAGCAGGAGGCGAGCCGAAGGAGGCGGACUCUGAAUGCCGUUUUAUAGGACAAACAUUUCCUCCUUCAGCGUCGAGAGUGGCAGGAGUGAAUAAGGAAAAAGACUCACAAGCACUCUUUUGUCGCAUGUUUUCUAUUUUUGAGUUAAUAAAUUUGCAGUGGUGCUUUUAGCUCGCUCGCAAGCAGCCGCUAAAGAGCAAAGCGUUUUGUUUGUUGGGUUUUUUUGUCUGUACUUUUUUCUAAGUUUAAUAAUACUGGUGUGUGUGUUUUUCCUUUAGUUUCUAUUGCUUUUAUUUUUGUCCAGCUGCUGUUUUUCUUCACCCUUUUUUUCCAUCUUGAUAUGAAUAAUUCUCUGGGUGGCGUCAACUUCAUACCUCGUUGCAUUUGUUCGAUAACGGCGCAGUUCUUCAUUUCCUUCUAUAGGAAUCGAUGGUUAUAGGAGCCUCUUUGCAGUGAGGUUAUUGUGGACUUCAACUUUGCUAACUCAAGUAACCAGCAACAAGAUACUUAUUUUUCAGCUGAAACUCUUUGGUGGACUUAAUCUAUUGUUGAUCUUCAGGAUAUUUCGGGCAAGGUGUGUUCUUGUGAAAUUGCAAGAGGUAACUGCGGGGUGGUGGGUGGGGGUUUGGGGCAAAAAAGAAAUGUAUUGUAGCGGAAAGUCAGUAUUUAAAAAGUCUUAGUCAAAUAUUGAAAGAUUAUUUGUAAAAGAGCAAAUGUGUUGAAUGCAAACACUAGUAGAUUUUGUCUGAAGGAUGCAUCGAUGUUUUUGUGAAGAUGUGUCAAAGUAGUGAACAGAUGGCAUCUUUGUGUAUUUAUGUCAUUUGGUGACACCACUUUUUACACUCAAACUAUCUCAGGGGUUCCUACAUGUGAGAAACGUUCAGGUCCUCUAAAGAUCGAGGACAUGCGUAACGUCCCUCAUGAUUGGGCACAUGAAUACAUGCUACAUAUUCUGUCAAUUUUGCUUAUUUUUUAUAUGAACUUUUCAGUUAAAGUAUCUCCAUUCGUUGUUACAUAUAAGCUAAAAGCACUUCUAACAGCCAUCAUGCUAAUUCUUCAAAAAAUGAAUUGGGGGGGGGGGGGAGUAGGAACCCUAAAAUCUGACUCCAUCAUUGGUUUAAAUUUCAUGUAAUAAUUUCUACAGUAAAUUCCUAUGUGUAACAUCUACCUUUUUCUAUUCAUGUACUUUUUCUAUGUUAAUUUUCAGAAAUGAAUCCACAAACUUGGCCAAUCCGAAAAAGAAAAAUGAUGCCUUCCAUUUUGGUGGGUUUUCUAAAUAUUAUACACAUUUUUAUUUUAAUGUCCUUUAUAAUUUUUUUUGUCUCUUUCUCGCACAUGUUCAUUCUGUACUAAAUAGGUGCUACAAAAAUCCUGAACUACUGAUAUCUCAUGACACWCUUCUGAUGUACAUACCACAGGCCUUGUUUGGAUUCAUAUUUGUAAAUGUCAUGUUACUCCUCCCUUUCUCCGAUUUCCAAAUGAGAUUGAUUAAACCAUAAUUAAUGAGCAUUAAAGUGGGUUAUAGUCGCCAACCAGUGAGUUUUGUGUCAUUCUAAAAAUGCUUUAAGCUUAAAGUGAAAAUUCAGAGACGCUUUCAACAUUUUUGCUGAUUACAGAAAUGACACAUCAGUAAAAUAAAUCAUGGUUUGCUACGUAACUUUU